AUGGCUGCGGUGAUGGGUAGGCUCGGUUUUUAUGUGGUGCUGGCGUGUGUGGUCAGUGCGGGAUUUUUGUAUGCUGGUUUUGGCCGUGAUAGGGAGCUUGUGCUGUAUCCAGGAGUACCAUGGGUGCCGGGGUCGGACCCGGACGACGGUGGUGGUGCCGUGUGGCCGGUCCAGGUGUCGUGGGACGGGUAUAAAGAACAGUUGGAACCUGUGGAUUGGUACAAUUCGAGUGCGUUGUUUGGGACGGUGAAUAACGCGUUGAGGAGAAAAGGAAGCGAUUUGAAUCCCGUAGGAGUUUCGUUUAUUCCGGCAGUGAUUCCGGCAAACACGCUGCUGUAUCAUGGCACGUUACAUGGAAAGUUCCCUGACAAUCCAGAAUGGAUUGCAAUGGAUCCAGAAUUCUCGUACAAUUUUAAAAACGGACUUUGGCGAUGGAGAGGUAAAAAGCUGCCUGCGAAGAAACCAGAUCACGACCAGGAUUCUGAGGUUGACCAGAAUGCGAGAGGGCAAAAUGUGAGAGGGCAGGUUGUAGCAGAGUCGGAGCAUGAGCAAGUGUCUUUUGAUGAACAGAGUCUAGAAGAUGGGUUUGAAAGUGAUAUGGAGGGUGAUUUGGGAGUCACUGAUCAGAGCCAGGAUGCGUCCAGCUUGCUGACGUUUAUAACGAAGAAGCCGUUGGACAAACUGAUUCUGCUGGAUGGUGCCAGUGGAGCCAAGUCGUCGUUCGGCGAAAUGGACACUCAGAUGCUGUGGUCGCAAAUGGAGAGAUCCAGAUGGACUCGGAUGCAGAUUCGUGAUGAAAGGAUUAUGGCUAAGAAGAUUUGCGAAUGGGGUCGUCCAUAUGGUUUGGACGGGAUUAUUCGUUUGGAGAUCUCGUUCGAGGUGAUUAUCUGCGACUUCCACAGUCCGAAAAUAGACCUGCUGUCUAAUGUCACGUAUCCUAAUCCAUACGAAUUUUUAGGACUUCCUGCUGACCACGACAGUGAUUAUUAUUCAUUGUUAGAUGAGUUUACAGACUCGCCGUCUCAGGCUCUUAUUCGACUACUUUCUCAAAGUGCGGGCUACGACCAUAUCAAGUCGGGUGAAUCUCAUUAUAACGGCGAUUACAGGAUUGAGCUUGACUAUAGACACAUGAUCACUGCUAUUAACAGGACAUAUUUGACUCCCGAUACAUAUCUUCGACGAUUGGACAAUAUUACUCAGGAAGUGCAGGACGGUAUGAUUGAGGAUAUAGCGUACGCAUUACAACAUCCUAUAGAGCCGAGACUGGGAAACAACUGGCAAUUACUCACUGACACCAUUGUCGCUCGAUUAGCCCCGCUGCUAUACACACUGAAUACCACAUUGGCAGGUCAUACUGGCAGUUCACAGUCACAGUCAAUCGACGAUUUGCGGGCUCUGGGCGUCAAUCUCACUACUGGAACAUAUAAUAUCUUGCGAAUGUACUCGGACAACACCACUGGCGGGGCCAAUAUAACCGACGACGCCCUGGAUUCGUUUGUGUUCCAGUACUCUAAACCCACGUACCCACUGUAUUCAGAAACCGACCGGCUCAUCUGGUCGGCCAUCUACCAGGUGGUAAGGGCAAUUGGACACCAGCUGUUCAGUAUCUUCUCGCUCUCAAAAGAUAUUAUCUCUACAACCUACCAAAAUCACGAACUGAAUCAGCAACUCAUAACCGAACUCUCUCGCAAAAUCGACGUCCAGUCGGCCGAACUCAAUCGACUGCUCACCGACCUCAACUGGUCGUACUACUACCAAUGCAGCCACAAAUGCCGCGAAGACGAGCUGUGCAUGGUCCCGACCUGGGGCCCUACUCCCUACCACAGAUGGAAAACAAUCGACGAACACGGACAGCGUCGCAGAGUAUCCUACUCGGAUCUCCAGUGCAUCGGUUUAUACGAUCUGGUCGAAUAA